CAGAAAUGGCGAGGUUUACUCGACAACCUCGACGAAAUGAGACUAAGAUUGCGGGCAUGUAUGACUUAGAAGAGCGUUUAGGCUCUGGUCAUUUUGCAGAAGUGAAAUUAGCAAGACAUGUUUUCACAGGAGAACGAGUAGCGGUAAAAGUGAUUGAUAAAUUAAAGCUUGAUGAGACAGCAAAACAUCAUUUGUAUCAAGAAGUUCGUUGUAUGAAACUCGUACAACAUCCAAAUAUUGUACGUUUGUACGAAGUUAUAGACACCAAUACUAAGCUAUAUCUUGUGCAAGAGUUUGGAGAUGGAGGAGAUAUGUAUGACUAUAUUAUGAAACAUGAAAGUGGGAUGUCAGAGGAAAAGGCAAGACGAUAUUUUCGACAAAUUUUACAAGCAAUUGACUACUGUCACCGACUAUAUGUUGUUCAUAGAGACUUGAAGCCCGAGAACGUAAUUUUCUUUAAAAAAUCCGACGUAGCCAAACUCACAGACUUCGGAUUUUCAAAUAAAUUUUUGCCUGGAACAAAAUUGCAAACUGCUUGUGGUUCAUUAGCUUAUUCAGCCCCGGAAAUAUUACUUGGUGACUCCUACGAUGCUCCAGCUGUAGAUGUGUGGAGUCUUGGGGUCAUUUUAUAUAUGAUGGUUGUUGGAAAAGCCCCAUUUUAUGAAGCAAAUGAAAGUGAAACAUUAACUAUGAUUUUGGAUUGUAAAUUUCACAUUCCUGAUCACGUCUCCCAAUCUUGUCAAAGUCUUAUAACACGGAUGAUAGUACGAGAUGCUUGUAAAAGAUCAACAUUGGCGGAUAUUUUGGAUGAUCCAUGGGUACAUGGGGAUCAUGGUCCUGUUGCAGUGACAUCAGUACCAUUAGCAAAUCAAGUGGAAAUUGGUGUAGACCAUCACAAUGAGAUUGUGCAGAAAAUGAAACUUGGAGAUAUUGCUGAUCAGGAGACUAUUAACAAAUGUCUGGAGUCUGGCUCAUACAACCAUGUUUCAGCCACAUAUUACCUACUAGCUGAACAAAUUUUGCGACGUUGGCAUAGAGCUAAAUCAUCAUCAUCACUCUCCUCAACUGGACCGGACGCAGAAGUUAAAUCACAUGUUAUAAAAAGGCAAAGUAUGCCUCCACAAAGGCAAAAGCCUUCUCUGUCAGAUGUGUCAGGUAACCAAAAUUUGUGUGUACCAUAUGUUGAUGAUCGACCUCUAAGUGAUGGAAAUGAGGGAGAUGAACUAGAAGAUAUUGAUAUGAAUCUAUUGACCAGUAAAAUACGCUACCAUUCCACUGAGUCGAUUUAUGACAAGAAAUCAGAUGAGCAUGAUCAGGAGGAAAUAGUUGGUUCUGUUUCAGUUGCUGUUACUACUAAUCAAAGAAAGUCAUUUCAGAAACGACUUGUUGCUAAAGUAAAAAGUACACCAGCAUUUCUUAAUCAAAUCUCGGAAGAAAGAGAAUCAGAUUUAGACGAUAGUCCUCGGGCAUCGCCACGUGUUCGCAGAUCCUCGCGACGCCCUUUUAAUGUUAUCCAGAAGACUCGUCGUCCAUCACCAGCAUCUUCAUCAGCAGGAAGAAGAUCGUCAAGUCAUAGCAGUAGCUCUGAAGAUGAUGGUGAUCUUGACAAAAAGAUGAGACGAUUGAGUACAGAGAGAUGUCGUAGAUCACCAAAGAGACGUAGUGAUGAUGAAGGUGAUGGUGAUGAUGGUGAUGGAGGUACCAAGGGGCCACAUGGUAUUGCUAGAAAGAGAAUGAUGGCAGCCAAACCAGAACAAGCUGGUGGUAAUAAAGACACGAGCUCUGAAUCGGGAAACACUUCAAGUGAACAGGGAAAGACUGCACAGCUUAAGUUACAAUCUGAACUCCUCAAAGACAAAUUACUCAAUGUUUAUAUAAAGUUAAAUGAAGAACAAAACACAAACAGUGUUGUAGAUGGUACUGUGGCAAUUGAAACACCCAUGGUGUGCUUGGAUAAUAAAGAAACGGAAACGUUGUUUGACAAACAGCAAUGCAAGCCACAUUUCAUAAUUGACGGAGCGUAUGGCGAAAAUUUGAAGGCAAGUAUCGAAAAUACAUCAAAUGGUGAAAAAGUGAUAGUUUGUUCUCAAGAUAACUCACAAAAUGAUAGGAUUUUAAAGUCGGAAGACGAGAUAAAUCCUGAGAAUAUGUUGGUGGAUUCUGAUAUUCCAAUUCCUUCCAAAGAGUGCAGUCAAAAUACUGAUGAUAGUACGAAUGACCUUGAGAAUACUGCAAUAACUAGUCAAGAACAAUUUCAAAUUUCCAAUGAAAACUUCGAAGAAGUUGGGUCUGCGAGGACGAUAAACGAUCAAUCAGUUGAUAGCGGUAAUGCCAGUAAAGAAAAGCAAGAAAUGAGUUUAAUAUGUGAAUCUAAGAAGAUAAGUGGUAUUAAAAACACAGAUGUUUCAAGCACAGACGAUGCAGUUGUUAGUGACGGUAUUAUUGAAAUAAUUAAACACAGAACUUUGACUAAUGAAACGUUAGAAAACUUUUCUGACAAAGAAAACAUAGAUAUCAGUGGCAAAGAAACUAUGAAUUGUCCAAAUGGUGAACCUAGAAGAGUCACAUUGCGUGGUAGUGACAUUGAGGAUAUUGAAAUGUUUAUGAAAAACAAAGAUACUGGCCAUGGGUUAGAGCUGGACCCUGAUGUUGUAAGAAACAUAUUUAAUAAUUCUAAAGUGUCUCGUGUCACUAGUAAUUGUUGUCAAAUCAUCUAAGGCAGGAUCCUUAGAUUGUGGAUUAGUAUAAGUUCCAUAUAUCUCAUAUAUAUGGUAUAUUGAGCUAUUUACGUCUAAAUUACUACGUAGUGCUCAAACUUAUUACAAUAGACAAAGAAGUGACAUGCAAAGAUUUGGCAAAUAUAUUCCCUCUGUCCAGUGGAAGUGAAGUUGUUCUCAUUGAGCUGUUUGAGUGAGCUGAGCAACACAUAAAAUCACUGUAAAUACGUGAACAAUUUCUUUCAAUGAACUGUUGUAAAAUCUUUAAAGUUUAAGAAUUGUUUCGAAUGAAACAACGCCGGAUUUUUCCUACUAAGGACGAAAAAAUUAUCAAAUUGUUCUACCAUAAAUUAUGUAUAAUCAAUAAGAGAUACGUGUUAUAACACUUGUUUGUAUUAUUCAUUGGGUUUAAAUGAUAUAUUGUUAUCAAUGAAGUGAGGUAAAACUCUACUGCUUAUUACUGCCACAGUGUCAUUUUCAGCUCUUAGUAUUUCAUUAUAUAGCGCACGAUGUGUAUUGUACUAUUUGUAUUGUACUGCCUUGUACUGCCUUGUACUGCCUUGUACUGGCGUUAUAGAUACUUUAAUGUACUAAAGUGCUGAGCGUCGUCCAGCAUUGCAUUUUAUGGCAAUGUACUGUAUCUGUGUCGUACUACAUUGUUGUACUUUUUCAUUAUAAUGUCUUUUACUUGUCUCUCAUUCUCAUAAUGUAUUUGAGAAAAUUUGACAUCACUCAUGGUACAUAAACUAGAAAACGUCAUCUCAACCAGCCAAAGCAAUCUGACUCAUGCGUAGUUGAUAUAUCAACAAGCAGCUGCUCCAGAUGUAAGAAAGAUGUCCCGUAUGUCCAGGUGACAUCAAUAUUCGAUCAUUUGCAUAUAAAUAAUAUCUCGUAUGUCCACGACUGCCAUUAUAUAUUACGGCAUAUACUAUGCGUAUGCCGGACGUGUAUCUCUCUAUGUAAUAUUGGAGGAAAACUGUUGUUUUCAAAAUCUUUGUUGAAGAGACAAUAAAUGCAAGGCUGGAUCGAACGCUGUAUUGACAAUCAAAGGCAAAAGCAAACAAAAUUUUAUUAAACUUAGAAAACGUUGCCAAGCCUGAAU